UAAAGUCACGAAGUAAAAGGUUAUACAAGUUCCCUAAAGCUUAAGGUAGAAAAGUACCGUGAUUAUUCAUUUUUUUUUAAACUUAAAUUCUUAAGAGAAUUCUGGAGGUCGAGUGUUGUGAAAUUCAAAUUAAUAAAACCUAUUAAAAGUGAAUGUUAAAAAUAAAUCUAAAACAAUGACACAAUUACGACCUCUACCUCCAGGCUUACAAGACCGUGCUAUUCAGGAAUUAAAUGAAAAUCCUGAGCGUUUGCAAAGUGAUAUAGAAUUUUUAAGAGAAUGGAUUCAGCAACAACCUCAUAUCCGUUCAAGGACCUCCGAUCAAUUUUUAGUGGCAUUUUUGAGAGGAUGCAAAUUUAAUAUCGCCAAGGCAAAAAGCAAGUUGGAAAAGUAUUAUACCCUACAACUUCAAAUACCUGAAGUAUUCAACAAUCGUUUGGUUGAUGAUGAAAAACUUUUACAAAUUAUCCGGAUGGGUGUAAUUUUGAGACUUCCCAUACCGCAGGAUCAUGAAGGACCUUGUAUUAAUAUAGUUCGUGCCACAAUCUACGAUACUAGCGUUUACAAGUUUGCCGAUGUUCUUCGUCUCGGAGUGAUGUUUGGUGAAAUUAUGAUGUUGGAAGAUGAUACUUCGGUCAUAAAUGGUUAUGUUGAAAUUAUGGACAUGAAAAAUGUUGGAGCAAGUCAUCUAUUCCAGCUUCAUCCGAAUUUACUGCGAAAAUGUGCAGUAUAUGCUGAUGAAGCUCAACCUACGAGACAAAAGGGAACACAUUUUAUUAAUGUUCCGCCUCCAUUUGAACUUGGAUUUCGGGGUAUUAAGGCAAUCUUCCCGGAGAAGGUUACAAGAAGGAUUUUUGUACAUUCGGCUGACGGUGAAACCCUUUACGAUCAUGUACCGAAAAAGUAUUUACCCAUUGAGUAUGGUGGAGAAAAUGGAAGUGUUGCAGAUAUAAUUGCAUCGACAGAGAAAAAGUUCUUGAGUUAUCGAGAAUUUUUUAAAGAAGGUGUUAGUUUUGGAGUUAAGGAUAAACUUAAGGAGAGUGAAAAUCUCGAGUCAAUCAUGCCAAACAUACGACCAAUAAGUGAGAAACUACAACAGAAAGCUAUAGAUGAAUUACACGAAGUUCCAUUGAGAUUGGAUGAGGAUAUUGCUAGUUUGCGAACUUGGAUUGAAAAACAACCACAUUUGAAGUCACGCACAGAUGAUCAAUUUUUGGUGACAUUUUUGAGAGGAUGCAAAUUUAGUUUGGAGAAAGCCAAGGAUAAAAUUGACAAAUAUUACACCCUGCGAACGAAUUAUGAAAGUGCAUUGACAUGUCGAAAUGUUGACGAUCCUAGAGUUCAAGAUGUAUUUGGAUUGGGAAUAACGACACUCCUGCCAAAUCCUCUGGGCGAAGAUGGUCCCAGGAUUUUAGUUCUCCGUCUUGGUGCUUAUGCUGCCGAUAAAUUCCAACUGACUGAAAUAAUGCGAGCCAGUACAGCUCUGCAAGAAAUCGUAAUGCAAGAGGAUGAUCAUGUUGUUAUUAGUGGCUACGUUCAAAUAUUAGAUUUUACCGAUAUAACAACAGCACAUUUCUUCCAAUUGAAUCCGUCAUUUAUGAAGAGAUUUUCAACGUUCACAGAAGAAGCAUUACCAUUGCGCUUGCGAAGUGCACAUUUCAUAAAUACACCUGUUGGUUUUGAGACAGUUUUCAAUUCAAUUAAAUCACUUCUGCCUCCUAAAAUGCAACAAAGGUUAAAAGUUCAUGGAAGAAAUAUGAGUGAACUUUAUGAAACAGUGCCUCAAAAAUAUCUGCCAAAGGAAUAUGGCGGUGAAAAUGGAUCAUUUGAUGAAAUCACCAAUUACUGGUGUAAGAAAGUUUUAGCACAUCGCGACUAUUUUAAGGAAGAUGUUCAAUAUAAGACUGAUGAAAAACUAAGAACCGGAAAGCCACCUAAUUUUGAUAAUAUUUUUGGAACUGAUGGUUCGUUUAGAAAACUUGAUGUUGACUAGAAGACACUUAAAUCUUAGUUUAUAUAUUGUGAUCGUUUUAUUGUUUUCUCUGUUUCUUUUAUAUUAAAAUAUUUUUAAAAAUUAGAAA